AUGGGGACAGCAAGUGACAUUGCAACACAGGUGACAGCGCUGGGGACGGCGGGUGACACCGGGGACACCGUGGCCCAGGUGAUGGGGACAGUGGGUGACAGCGGGGCGGAGGUGACAGCGCUGGGGACGGCAGGGGACACCGGGGACACCCUGGCGCAGGCGAUGGGGACAAUGCUGCUGUACUUGUCCUUCCCCGUCGGCGUCUUCUGGGUCUCCAACCAGGGGGCGCUCUUCCAGCGUCACGUGGUGCAGCGCAAG